CCCCCCCCCCCCCGCUACCUAGUACUUACGGCGGAGGCGGAGGCGGAGAGCGCUUUACAGCGGGCAGCAGACGGCAGGCGCGAACACUUCCGCGGCCAAUGGCAUGUCUCCUCUUUGCGCAGGCGGACGCUUCCUGGUGCAAGCACUGCCGAUCAUUACCCUGAUGCCCCGGAGCUACGAGUGUGGGUUACGGGGACGAGGGGGCGUGGUAUAUAAAUGUGGGUGUGGAGAGGUAGGUAGGUUACUUUGCAAGCCGACUGGAACUUAUCCAACCAACACGCAAUGGCGCUCCUCAGCCUGCUCCCCUCAGACGCCCUUCGACCACAAACGCUCGCCCUAGCCAUCUUAGCCAUCAUCGCCCUCACGCUCCUCCGCGCCACGCUCUUCGCGCUCCUCUCGCCCCAGCGCAGCGUCCCCGGCCCCCUCCUCGCCCGCUUCUCGCGCCUCUGGUACCUAGCCCAGAUCCUGCGCGCCGACUUCCACACCACCAACAUCGCCCUGCACGCCCGCCACGGCCGAAUCGUGCGCGUAGCACCCAACUGGUUCAGCAUCGACGACCCGGCCGCCAUCCGCACCAUCUACGGCCAUGGCACGCGCUUCGUCAAGGCGCCUUGGUACGUCGCGAGCGGUGACCCGGACGCGCAUACCGACGACAUUUUCUCCGGCAGGGACCCGGAGCUGCAUAGGCUGAAUCGGCGCAAGGUCGCGAGUCUGUACUCGAUGAGCAUGCUGCUGAAGAUGGAGGAGGCCGUGGACGCCACGGUACGCGUCAUGCAUGCGCGGCUGCGCGAGAUGGCGAGGCACGCGGAGCCCGUGAACCUGCAGCGCUGGAUGCAGUGCUAUGCCCUCGACACCAUCGGGCUCAUCACGCUGAACAAGCGCUUCGGCAUGCUCGACGCGGGCGAGGACGCCCUCGGCCUCAUCGCCCUCACGCGCAGCCUGUUCGCGUACGCCGCGCCCGUGGGCGUCUACCCCGGCGUGCACGCGCCGCUGCUGCGGUUUCUGAAGCGCUUCCGCUCGCACGGCCGGUUCGUCAUCACCGCGUUCAGCGAGGCGCAGAUCCGGAAGCGCAGGGAGGAGAUAGGGAAGGGGAAGGAGCGCGUGCAGGGCGGCGACGACUUUCUCGCCAAGAUCCUGGCGUUGCAUGACGCGGACCCGACAACGUUCACCUGGGACGACGUCAUCAACACCAUCAACGCGAACGUGGCCGCCGGCAGCGAUACCACGAGCAUCAGCCUGGCGGCCGUGCUGGGCGGGCUGGCGGGGAAUCCGGACGCGCUGGCCAAACUGCGCGCCGAGCUCGACGCCGCGGCCCGCACCGGCGCCAUCGCGGACCCGAUCACGUUUGCGCAGGCGCAGACGCUGCCGUAUUUGCAGGCGGUGGUGCAGGAGGGCUUGCGGGUGCAUCCGGCCGUGGGGCUGCCGCUGUGGCGCGUCGUGCCGAGGGGUGGGGCCGAGCUGUGCGGGCGGUUCUUUAAGGAGGGGGACGUCGUAGGCGUUAAUCCCUGGGUCGCGCACGCCAACAAGGCCGUCUUCGGGCCCGACGCGCAUCUGUUCCGGCCGGAGCGGUGGCUGCUGUGCGAGAAGGAGCAGCGCCAGAAGAUGGACCGGUAUUCGCUGGAGUUCGGGCACGGCUCGCGCACCUGCAUCGGCAAGAACAUCAGCCUCAUGGAGAUGCUGAAGCUGGUUCCGCAGAUUGUGCGCCGCUUCGAUGUCGAGUUGGUUCAGCGGCCUGGCGGGGAGGGCGUAAGGCUGUGUAAUCAGUGGUUUGUGUAUCAGGAGGACAUGAUGGUAAGGGUUAGCGAGAGGGGGAAGUAGGUAGCGUGGGAUGUGAUUGUGCGGGUGUUGAGGAGAUGUGUGAGGGCUCUAGGCGCUCAAUGCCCGUCGCCGCCAAGCGUGAAACGAUGGAAGAGAUUGGACGCCGUUGCUGUGGAGAUGCGCGCACGGGCGCAGUGCGGGGUACGCGGGGUAGAUAAACACGCCAAGACAUUGACAUUGCCGACGAGAGAAAUCGAAACAGCACAACAACCUAAGGCCGCCUCAACGCGCAUUACCACACACAAAACCCCCCUCCCUACACCACCACCACCACGCUAAGCAAACACCUCGUCGCACCUCACGCGCCCAAAGUCCUCGCCCAGCUCCUCGCGCCCGGGCUCCAGCUCCCCAGGGCCUAGCAACGAGAUCUUUUCCUUCUCGCGC